AUGGCCACCUCUGGGAGGAAGUUAUAUGCUUGCGAGGUCGCGGCAUAUAGUGAUAUGGAGCUUGAUCGAUUUUUGGAAGAGAUCAGGGACUCAGGAGCCAUAUGCGUCGAUAUCGAAGACCCAGAGAACCUGCCUCAGCUUUUCUACCAGAGACUAAGAGAUCGAUGGCUACGUGCGCCAGAUGCUGUUAAAGCCGAAUCCCGACCACUUAAUCUAGACCAAGUAACUGCUCGACUCUUGGAAAAACAAGACAACAAACUGUCACCUCGAUCGUCUACGUCAUCCACGGAAGCUGGUGAUGAGGAGAACGAAUACAAUGAGGAUUUGAAGCACGAGAAGGAGAGUUAUCAUAUCCUGGUUAACGAUGGCUGCCGUCCUUGGUACUCAAUUGACCAUUUUGACGAUGUUACUAAGAACCCAGAGGAACACCGCGAUAAGCUAUGGCUUUGGCGGUCAUACGACGACCAGUGGAGGGUAUUUGGGUCACAGUUAGGGCGAUGGCAAGUUUUCCGCAAGUACCAACGAUAUGCAAGAGAGCAGAAAGUCGAGAAUGAACGGACGCUAUGUAUUGCAGCACAAAAUUAUACGACAUGGGAGGAAUUCACCGAGCGCUGCCCCGCCUUCUACUUGAAUGACCCUGAGAGAGAGCGGUUUGGCUUUCCCGAAUAUAUCAAGGCGCUGGAGGACCGUCUAAUAAGACACGGGUUCACGCGGAAGUUCCAACUUGAUGAUGACCCGCAUCGGCAGGACAGACUUACAACGUGGAUCGAAUACCUAGGCUAUGAGUAUGGGGAGUACGAUCGUUGUGUAAAUUUAAUGAAACGUCUUCAACGACAGUACGAUGAAUCGUGGAAGAUGCUCAUCGACUCAGAGAUAUUGAGACCAGAGGAGACGGAGGAGCAUAUUAACGACAUCACCUCUGCGUUUCAGCGCCAGCAUGAAGAAUCACAAACAGAAGAAUCUGUGGAAUCGGCGCUCUCUGCUAUAAUGUCAGCUCAGCAAGCUAUCACUAAUUCUCGACAAAGUCUAGCCGCAGCUCAAUCCAAGCUAGCAACAGCAAUACAGAACCGAAGUUUCAUUAAAAAACGAAAUGAUCUCAUAUCAAGAUUCAAACGGAACACUGAGAAUUACCGGAUUGCAAAGCAUGAGGCAGGUCGCUACGAUACUCUUCUACAAUGGAUGCUUCAGCAAGUCCCGUUGAUCGAACUUGAGAUAAGUCAAUCGAAGGCGAUCGAGAAAAUUCCGGAUUGCAGAGGUCAGAAAAAAUCUCUUAAACGCGGUCCAGAUGAGGUCAGCGAACACCCAAAAAGACAGAAAUGUGACAAUGAUUUACGGUCCUGGGUUCCUACUACUACAUCCUCUGCUUCUCAAGAAAGAGGAAGAGAAAGAGGAGGAGAAAGAAGCAAGCGCACUCACCUCCAUCACACAUUCAUCGAUGAAUCAUCUUCCACGUUGACCAGUGAACCAUGUGGCUCUACCACAGCCAGAGGCGAAAGAGGGGAAAGACUCAGGAGAUCGGCUCGUAUUCAUCAGCAGACUAGGCUGGAUUCAGGAAAGAAGCCGCAUAUUGCCAAUGGAUCAAACAAGCUUCGACAGACGAGAAACAAACAACAAUAUUAUUCAGAUAGACAAAUUGCAGCGCACCAGGGUAGUCGCUCACGCAGGAGAUGUCAAUUCAAGAAACUGCCAGUCAGUCAACGCCACUCCAGGGAUGGGAAUCCAAACGAGGCGGGUAUAUUGCUACCCAAGAGGAGAUACGGAAAUCAAUCGCAGCUUGUCAACCCUCUAAGAAGAAGCGAACGGCUGAGGAAUCGUGCUGAUCGGUGUUGCGAGGGGUAACUCAUACUCAUUACAAUUCACCAAUAAACUUGGGAUAGACGUCCUGUUAGAGAACGAGAGGACAUGGCUCAUACUAGGAUGAAGGAGG